UUCAAAAUGGCUGCGCCCUUGGGAAGAUUUUCUGUCAAUUUUCUAAGUAACCAUAUAGUCAGUGGAUCUAUACUUCGUUAUACUUGUCCCAUUGUUAACAUUUUCAAAAGAUUUAAUUCUAGAGAAACCAAGAAGUUUUUCAAAAACGCUACAAUUACACAAUCAGAUGGUUGGUAUGAAGUAAAUCUGGAUCAGAGGAAGUUGCGCACGCCAAAUGGAAACCUAUUUCGAGUGCCAAACGAGGCACUAGCCUUGGCAGUAGCUACAGAAUGGAAUGCCCAGAAGAAAUUCAUCAACAGAAAUAUCAUGCAUCUGACUUCAUUAUGCAACACUGCUGUAGAUAACCCUAUGCACCUGACCAGAGGAGUCCUCAUCAAGUCCAUUCUACACUUCAUGGAGACCGACACUGUCAGUUUUUUUAUCAAGGAGCCUCCUGAACUGUACAAAAUGCAGAAGGACCACUGGGGAUCGUUGAUAGAAAUGGUGGAAGAAAGAUAUGAUAUUGAGGUACCAGUGAUGGAAGAGCUUGCCGCCAUUCCAGAUCUCAACCCUGCAACUGCGGAGAAACUUGCCAAGUUCCUGCAGUCUCAGAGUGACUGGGCUCUCUUUGGUUACAACUAUGCUGUAGAAACAAUAAAAUCCUUAGUGCUGACGCUGGGCUUGAUGGAUAAAAUGAUAACAGUAGAGAGAUGUGUGAAGUUGUCAAGACUAGAAGUUGACUUUCAGAUCGAGCGAUGGGGCAAUGUGGAAUGGUACCACGACAUUGACCUUUACGACCUCCAGAGUCGGAUGUCAGCAGCCGCCCUUUUUGUCCACUGGUCCAAUGAGACAGUCAAAAUCAAAAGAAAGUCCAUGUUGUCAUCGACAUCAUCAAGUUCUUAUGUUGUAUGAAAAAUUGUAAUAAAUAAUAUUUGAAAAUA